GCCUAUAAAGAGGGAGGAUGUGUGCAGCAGCCUUUACACCGCUCCAGACUCCUGGAACAACAGUUUUGAACUUGAACCUGAGAGGACCAGCAUCAUGACGCCUGUUUUCCUCCUCCUCCUCUUCUUCUCCAUGACGGCCAUCGCUCCGGGUGAAGCUGAAAAAGACAUCUCUGAAAUCAUCGAAGAGGCUAAUAAUGGCUCAACAAACCUGGUGGAUGGUGACGUGGUGGAAACUUCCCUGAGGAACGCAGCUAGUUGCACAUACUAUGGCUGCAAGUGGCCCAAACGUGGAUCCAUAGUCUAUGUGCCGGUGUAUAUCUCCACUCGUUUCUCAAGUGCAGAGCGCAACACCAUCAUCAGAGGCCUGGUGUCAUUCCACAGCUCCACGUGCAUUCGCUUUGUUUGGAGAAGGUACGCGUCGCAGAGGGAUUACAUCUACUUUUACUCUGGACCUGGGUGCUCCUCUAACAUUGGCCGUAAGGGUGGACAUCAGUUUAUCUCCCUGAAGAAAGGCGGGUGUGUGUACCACUCCAUAGUGCAGCAUGAGAUCCUCCACGCUCUUGGUUUCCACCACGAGCACAAGCGCAGCGACAGGGACAGAUAUGUUCGAAUCAACUGGGCGAACAUCAAGCCAAGUCAGAAACACAACUUUAACAGAGCUCGGACUAACAAUUUGUGGACUGGAUAUGACUUCAACUCUGUCAUGCAUUACAGCAAGAACGCCUUCUCCAGAAAUGGAAAGCCCACCAUCGUCGGCACGAAUCCAUCCCAAACAUUUGGAGGUGCCAGAUCCAUGAGCAAAAAUGACAUCCUCCGCGUCAACAGGCUUUACAGAUGCUAAGGAACCGUUGGACCUACAGAGAGUUCACCUGUCGGGACAUCCUGACUUCUGAUGCACACUAACAACAUCAUUCAACAGCAGCAGGAAAUGUGAACAUGUGAUGGAGAUGGUCUCACCACAGCUGUAGGUUAGCUCCUGUGAGCAGUUGGUCCGGUAUUCUGAAGAAGCCCAAUAAAAAAUCAAUUGAUCUGGUUUUUGUUCUUUGUGCUGAGGUUAAGCCAAAUAUUAGUAAAAAACUUGAGGGUAAUUAAUCAGCCUUUUUUUUGUUAAAUCAUUUUCUCACUUCUUGAUUUGUUAUAAUACAAAGAGUAUGAUUUGGUGAUGGGUUUACUGAAUGUUCGAAAGCAACAAAAUAUGAUCCAUAACUCAAAAUAGACACACUUCUAAUUUCACUGCAAUAAUUUCACAGCAAUAAAAAAAUGACAAAAAAA